UCGUUAUUUUGAUUUAGUCCGUUGGCAUUUGUCGCUUGUGAAGGUUUUUGCUUAACACCCAUUUCGAAUGUUGCAGGUAGUUAAAGAAAAAGGGAGGAGGCUCGAAAUGAAAAAGUUGUUUUAGCUUCUUUUCACCUGUUCUUGUUUAUGCUAAAUAUACAUGGGAAUUGAAGACGAAGGUAGUCAAGAAAGCAACAGUAGACUAUCGAUUAAACCAAAAUGCAGUAUCUGUUUACAAGUCUAUAGUAACAGAACGUAUACCCGGCCUUGUUUUCAUUCUUUCUGCUUCCACUGUAUCUGCCAAUGGAUAAAUACGGCCUCCACACUAUGUCCCAUUUGCAGACAAACGAUCGAUUCAUUUGUAUAUAAUAUCAACGAAGAAAAAGAAACGUUCAGUGAAUAUUUUUUGAAAGACAAAGGCAAUAGGAAGUUGCAUGAGCCGCCUUUACGGAAAAAAAAUUAUGUUACCUACGAGCAAAAGAAGCGAAUAGAGAGAAAACAAAUGUAUGAAGGCCAUUUGCACGUCUUGCAUUAUCCAGAGCCAUUAGAUAAACAUCGUCAAUUAACUGUCAUUGAACCUCAACAUAUACCACGCUCACGUAUUUUUCUGCAACGUGAAUUGAGGAUCAUCCUUACUAUAGACGAGGUAGACGAGUUUGUCUUACAGCAUAUGAUACAGUUACUACUGUUGCCUUUUGAGCAGAAAUGGCAGACGAUGUAUGAUCCUUCAUAUCUCCAGAUGGUCGCCGAAUGGCUUAACAAUAAGUUAACUCUUGCAAAGAAGCUUAUAGACGAAUUGUUAGCAUUUAUAAAAUCUGGCCUCUCUUACGAACAGUUUAUUACUACGAUCGAAUAUAAUUCAAUUAAUCAACAAAAAUGAUAUGUAUUUAAUAGUAAAAGCAAUAGCACUAAUACUAGUAAUAAUUAUAAUGACUUUGGGGAAAUGUACAUA